CCGAAGUGUCUGAUUAGUAGACUAGUGUUGGGAAUUGAAUCUUUAUCGCUGAUUGUAACCAUCCAGAGCCUUCAGACUAUUGCUAUCGAGUCAGAGAAAGUUAAAAAUCAUUUUCUUAUCCUGAGUCAUUUACAUUCUUCAUAUCUCUCGGUGAUUGCAUUCAACGAUUUACACAACAUCCACCACAUCUCUAUAAAUCAUUAAUAAAAUGGCUUUGGUAUCUGCUGCUCCGUACUUGGCUCUUUUAGUUGAGCAAGAUGACAGCUUGAAGUCAUAUGCCUUACAAUCGUUGAACAACGUUGUUGACCAGUUGUGGGCUGAGAUCGCUAACAACAUUACAGACUUGGAAGAACUCUACGAAAACGAAAACUUUGUCAGCAGAUCGUUGGCUGCACUUAUUGUCUCAAAAGUCUACUACAAUUUGGGCGAUUUUGAAGCUUCCGUCAAGUACUCGUUAUUUGCUGGUGAUGAGUUCAACAUUGAAGAACAGUCUCAGUAUAUUGAAACCAUUGUUUCGCAAUGUAUCAAUCUCUACAACUCAUUAUCGCAGAAGAAGUUUUCUGAUGACUCCGUAGAGAUCGACACUCGCUUGGCUGCAGUCUUCAACAAGAUGUUGGAAAAGUGUAUCUCUGCCAACGAGUUGAAGUUGGCCCUUGGUAUCUCAUUGGAAAGCUUCAGAUUGGAUAUUGUAGAAGACAUAUUGAAACAGCAAAUCAAGAGCAACGAAGAAAACGCAUUGAACUUAAUAAACUACGUGUUGGUGUGUUCUAACACUGUUAUUAACAAUACGACUUUCAGAACGAAAGUGUUGAAUUCGUUGAUCCAGUUGUUGAUGACUUUGUCCAACAAUCACGAUUUCUUCACCGUGAUCAAGAUCAUUGUCCAGUUGAAUGACUCAACUUUGGCUAUAGAACUUUUUAAAGAAUUGGUAGACAAGAAGGAAGACUUGAUUGCCUACCAGGCUUCGUUUGACUUGGUAAAUACUGCUUCGCAGGAAUUGUUGGAUAAUGUGAUCAAUGUCUUAAGUAGCGACAAGACGCUUGAUCAGACCAAUGCCAUUCUCAAGAAGAUCUUGACGAUCUUGUCCGGUGUACCUACAUGUGAUUUGGAUAUCACCUUCUUAUACAAAAACAACAACACAGACAUCACCAUUUUGAACAAGACCAAGAACUUGUUGGAAGGUAGAUCAUCUAUUUUCCAUUCUGCCGUAACCUUUGCCAAUGCAUUUAUGCAUGCUGGUACGACAGACGACUCUUUCUUCAGAAAGAAUUUGGAAUGGUUGGGCAGAGCUACCAAUUGGUCCAAAUUUUCUGCUACAGCAGCCUUGGGUGUAAUUCACAAGGGCAACUUAUCUCAAGGACGUAGUAUCUUAAAGCCAUAUCUUCCUGGUUCUUCUGGUGCUCCUCAUACUAAAGGUGGUUCUUUGUUUGCAUUGGGUUUGAUCUACGCUGGUCACGGAAGAGAAAUUAUUGACUACUUGAAGCUGUAUAUUGAUGAACACGGAAACUCCGCAGGAAGCAAUGAUACCGAUGUCAUGUUGCAUGGUGCUGCUUUGGGGGCUGGUGUAGCAGGUAUGGCUUCUGGAAGCGAAAGUCUUUACGAGGCUCUUAAGGUAGUCUUGUAUUCUGAUUCGGCUAUUUCUGGACAAGCUGCUGGUUUGGCUAUGGGUUUGGUGAUGUUGGGUUCUGGUAACGAAAACGCCAUAAACGAUAUGCUCACCUAUGCUCAAGAGACCCAGCAUGAGAAUAUCAUCCGUGGUUUGGCUAUCGGUAUUGCAUUGUUGAACUAUGGUCGUGAAGAGAAGGCUGAUGGUAUAAUUGACAAGUUGAUGACUCAAGAGUCUUCUAUCUUAAGAUAUGGUGGUGCUUUCACUAUUUCUUUGGCAUAUGCGGGUACCGGCAGCAACUCUGCCAUAAAGAAAUUGUUGCAUUAUGCUGUUUCCGAUCCAUCUGAUGACGUCAGAAGAGCCUCCGUUCUUGGUUUAGGAUUCUUGUUGAUCCGUGAUUACACAGCUGCCCCACAAAUUGUGGAAUUGUUGUCUCAAUCUCAUAAUCCACACGUUCGUUAUGGUACUGCUCUUGCUUUGGGUAUUUCUUGUGCUGGUAGGGCCUAUGCUCCGGCAAUUGAAGUUCUUGAGCCAUUGACUAAGGAUCCUGUUGAUUUUGUAAGACAGGGAGCUUUGAUUGCCAGCUCCAUGAUUUUGAUACAACAGAACGAAUUCGCCUAUCCAAAGGUUAAGGACUUCACCAAACAGCUUGCUGAUACCAUUAAGAAUAAACACGAAGAUGCUUUGGCUAAGUUUGGUGCUACUUUGGCUCAGGGUAUAAUAGAUGCAGGUGGGCGUAAUGUUACUAUUCAUUUGGAGAAUGCCCAGACUAACACCUUGAAUAUCAAGGCUAUUGUUGGUUUGACGGUGUUUGUUCAAUCCUGGUACUGGUUCCCAUUGGCACACUUUUUGUCGUUGUCUUUUGCUCCUACAUCGAUUAUUGGUGUUAGAGGCGACUUGAAGGCACCUCAGUUCGAGUUCAACUGCCACACCAAACCAGAAUUAUUCCAGUACCCUCCAAAGGUGGAAGAGGCUAAGGAGAAACAACCGGACAAGAUAGCAACUGCUGUGUUGUCUACUACUGCAAGAGCAAAAACUAGAGCCAAGAAGAAGUUGGGCAAGAAGCACGAAGACGACGAAAAACCUGAAGAAAAGCCCAAGGUUGAAGUAUUAAGUGAUGAAAAGAAAGAUAAGGACGAAGCAAAGGACAAGAGUGACAAAUCUGAAGAUUCGAAGGACAACAAGAAUGAGUCUGUGCCAGUUCGUUACACUAAGACAGCAUUCAAGGUUUCUAAUCUUACCAGAGUGUUGCCUGCUCAGUCCAAUUAUGUUUCUUUCAUUAAAGAUGAUAGAUUUGUACCAAUAAGGAAAUUCAGAGGCACCAGUGGUAUUAUUGUUUUGGAAGAUACGAAGCCUGAAGAGCCAGUUGAAAUAAUACGGACUGUGCGCCAAUUGAAUACAACGGAAGCUCCUAUUCCUGAACCUUUCACUUUGAGUGCUGAAGACUUAAAAGAAUUGGAAGAAGAAUAAUGAGUACGUUAGAGAAACAUGUUCUAAAUAGUUGUUGAUUCUUUAGACUCGAUUCUUUGAUAGUUACAAUUCUUCGUACACGUCAUAUAUUGCUAUCAUUAAUAUAAAGUUUUUUAUAUCU